UGCAAACCGAAUCACCUCAGGUCAGGUAUUGUCUACCGGCCAUGCAUCAGCCAGGCCCAUCGCUAAUCGACUCUUCCGCUAGUCAAGCCAUCCGCGUAGCAAAGCGCCUCGGAGGCACAGACAAUCCAAACCAUCGACGCAAAGUGUGCGCUCGUCCACCCCACCGUUGAUUUCCUGACUCGUCCAGAUCGAGUGAUGUGCCGCGGACGAGGAGCGGGUGGGGAGGAUAAUGUCGACGGACUGACGAGGGCAUUCGAGAUGUUUCGGUUUCUGGCCGCAACGGAACCCGCGCCCGCAAAACAAAACCCCCUCCCACAUCGUCAUGCACCACCGCACGGUCCGUCUCAUUGGCGAGCACGACAUGCAUUCGGCAGCAUGGGCAUUGCAGGCCAAGACAUCUACCUAGACCACCGGGCGGAAAGACAAGCAGCAAGCGAAUGGGGGGCCAGCUGAUACACCAAUACAAACACGUCCGAUGUCAUUACAUGGAAUUUACACAGGAAUUAUUGCGGC